UAUUCCCGUGGUGAUAGCACGGUGGAUCUUUUACAGCUCUGUUGUGUAUAAAUGAUGCCUUGCGUCACAUCAAUCUAAAGAGUUCUCACUCGGUAGGUUCCAAGACUCCGAGCCCUGGCCUGACUCGCGUGCCGAAGUGUUGUUCCCGUGAUGAUUAGAUCCAUCUGUCAUGAGGCUCCGGGAGGACGAGGAUCGGAGAGUCCUCCUCUCGCCAUGACUUGCUUUUCAUCAGGGCAUGGACGAGGAUCGUGUGUUGAGCUUCCGAUCCCUGAGUCUUAGUGAGGCGAUUCCAAGUUUCUAUCAUUCGAUACAAGGUUAGUUUUUUCAGCUCGCGUGUGUUGCUGCAGUGAAAUGAGGACCCUUUUCUUUUUCUCCUGAUCGACCAACCAAUAACUCGGCCGAGUUACAUUCUACACCGUUACCGUUACACGUCACAUUCAAAACUUGGAGAAGAAGACCUGGAGAAGGCCAUCCAUUCUCUUGGUAAACUUAAAAAGAUGUGAAAUGUCAGAAUUCCAGAAAAGCAUGUCUGUGAAACAGUUGCAUCCAGCCACUGCUUGAUCCUUAUCAAGUUCCGAUGCAGAGCGGAAUGAUCCCUUGACCCACUGAUAGGUGAAUGCCGUGAGGCUCCCAGUGGAUCAAGUCAUGCACGGUCUCGGUGAGGCGGCACCUGUGGAUCCUUGAAAGAUCUUCCUUGGCGGGCGAGCAUCGGAGGGUGCAGGGAUGAGUGUAACGCGCGCACUAAGUUAGUGAAAAGCUUCCAUACGGGUUCCAGAGAAUCUUUGGGCGCAAAUCAGAUGGUGUUUUUCCUCGUCUAGGCGAGAUGUGAUGACGACAUUGUUUGGUGAUUUGACACUAAGGGGUUGAUGAGUUUUCAAAACACCAAAGCACUGGCUGGUAUCCCUCUAGUGUUGGAGAUCGAGAUAUGAAUGCCAGGCGUAUACAGUACCACUUAUGACUUCUCCGUAUAUGGGUUGAAUUGAGGGUAUGCAUAAAUCUUACCGGAACUCUUGAAGCUUUGCUAAACAUAUUUGAUUUUGUUUUGAUAUUGGAAAAGAUUAUGAUCACCUUUACAUAUUAAUCAACCAAGUAAAGAACGAAAGGCUCAACAGCUUAGCAUAUUCUGUAGAAGCCAUGGAGUACCCAGGUGUCGAGUUCCAUCUCAUAGAUUUAAUAUAUUCAUUUAUGAGACCUUAAUAAAGGUAACGGCCUUCAAUCUUGACCUUAUUGCUAUUCCAAUGUUUCAACCCAUUUGCUUACCCUAGAACACAUUAUAUGACAGCACCUUGUCAAAACUACCAAGACAAACUGUUACCUUGCUACUUCAAUCCUUAGUUACUCUAAAUAAAUCGAAGCAAUUCAUUAAUCGCAACACUUCGAGGGCGGUAAUCGCGCAUCUCGUUGGCAUCAGUCGAUCAGUGGGGAGAUCACAUGAUCCCCACUCCCUAGCAGAAACCAUAAAACCAAUACGCUCAACAACCCCUCCUCAACACUCACUCGCCGGAUCCCCAUACAUACACAUCCACAUCAAAAUCAGCCAAGAUGGUCUACACAAUCGUUGUCCACCUCUACGCCAAAGACGACGAGGAGUCCCUCAAGAAGCUCACCGCCAAGCUCAUCGAGGCUAGCCGCGUCUACUCCCAGGACAAGGAGACCCUCUCAUGGCACGUCAUGCAGUCCACCGCUGACCGACGGGCUUUCACCAUUGUUGAGCGCUAUGAGCAGGAGAGCAGCCAGAAGUAUCAUCUCGAGAACCCUUACUGGAAGACUUUCGACCCUUACGUCAUUCCCCUGCUGGAGAAGCCUAUGGACUUGAGAAGAUUUGAGGAGCUUGACACUAGCAAGGACGUUGAGGUUCCUCAAUAAAUGGAAUUCGAGUCAAUUGAAUACACAUUGGGUUGCUAGAGCUAAAAUUGAAGAUCUUUAGUAGUAUACCUAAGCUGUUACUACAGUAUUAUUACCAGCCUCAUCCUGCCUUAUGACUGGGUAGAGUUGCUUGAUAUUAAUCAUGGAACGCCAAAAGCCUCUAAAGUUGCUGCGGACACAGCAAAAGUCACUUGCUCGCCUUCAGAGCAGAGUACUUUGGCAAUGGCCAGCCAGCCUUCUCCUCACUCGAGAACCUUGAAAUAAGACGAGGAAUUCUCAGAAGGCAUACAAGCCAAACGAUCCACUGAAUAAUCGUAACACCCAAUUGAGUAUCAGGUAUAGCCCGCCGGAUAAGCCCAAUCUUGAUAUUCUGAAC